CUGAAAGCCAGUGAAUUCAGGCCAGUGACAUGUGCCAGGUUAUUUUUAUGCACGCUCCGAUCGUUCCGCUGAAUUCCCAGGCCCCCUUGUCCGAGGGGUCAGAGCGUGGGUUACCUUCAGUUUCUGGGUGCCACCACGUGGUGCCACAGCUAACUGCACCCGUCCCCCGCUGCUGGGGCGCAGGCAGCCUGUCCCAGGCACGCAGGGCAACCUCGAACCACCAAGCGCUUUGAGGCUGCGGAGCCACAGAGCGGGGGCGGCAGCCCAAAGCUGCACUCGCUGGCUCUUCCUGGACCUCACCGCCUUCAUCCGCCGUCACAUACGCUGGGACGGGGUGAAAUGGCAGCCUCUUCCUCAUCCUCUUCAGCUGGCGGAGUCAGUGGCAGUUCUGUAACAGGAUCGGGGUUCAGCGUUUCGGACCUGGCGCCACCCCGAAAAGCCCUCUUCACUUACCCCAAAGGAGCCGGGGAGAUGCUGGAAGAUGGCUCCGAAAGAUUCCUCUGCGAGUCUGUCUUCAGCUAUCAGGUUGCAUCUACAUUAAAGCAAGUGAAACACGAUCAACAAGUCGCGCGGAUGGAAAAACUAGCCGGUCUGGUGGAAGAGCUGGAGGCAGAUGAGUGGAGGUACAAGCCAAUAGAGCAGCUCCUGGGAUUCACUCCCUCCUCGGGCUGAGUGUGUUUGGAUCGCUGCCUGUCAGGGAGCAGAAGAAAAACAUUCUCUGGCCUGGCUUCAAAACACACCCCCAUUUAUCAGGAUGCUGACAGCUGCAUCGGCAGGACCGGGCUCUUUCUUUUUUUUUUUUUUUUUUUUUUGUCUUUUGAAGUUGGGAGUGGGGAUCCCCCGUAAAGCUGCCAGUAAAUGGAAAUGAUGGGAUUCUUUAAGUCACCUGCAGCGUUACAGGCUGGCAGGGCUGAGUUUCUGUAACUUGGAAGGUAGGAUCGGUUUUGCAGAACUCGGAUGAUCACCGUGUUGUUUACAGAGAAGAAAGACUUGCAGCAUGGUGGCACAGAAACCAACCUAAUAACUCGCUCCGGCCUUUCCCCAGCAUGUGGCCGAAGGAAGGACUGGGUGAUCCGCAGGCCGGCAAGCCCGCAUCUUUGCCGCUCGAGCCGGGCCUCUGUAAAGCAGAGGUAUGACAUCCUGCCAAAAACGCUCUUCGGCCCUAGCCGUUGUUUUCUGGGGGUGAGCAGGGUGAGAACUGUCCCAGGUCGGCUGAGGGGGGACAAGCGGUGAUGUUUCCUCCAGAGGUACCUCGUGUAUCCCCGACGCCGUUCUCUCUCCGUUGCCGCUUCUCUUGUUGCCUGCACAGCGAGCGCUGGUAGGACACUGCUCUCUGAUGCAGAAGCUGUAUCUUUAAUACCCUGAAACUUUUUUUUUUUUUUCCCCUUUUUCUUAUGUAUUGGAUUGCUCUGUGAUAAUAAAAUAAUUCUGUCUUUGAAA